UUUUCACCCCACUAUUCUUGAUUCUGUGUCUGGACAGACACCAAAUGGGCUCGAUUUUUUGCUGGCAGCUCUUGAGUCUCAGAAUACAACCCACCCCAGGCCUGUGCAGCAACCAGUGAUCAGUGGGGCCCAGCCAAUUAUGGCCAGAACUCCUGAAACCGUCUAUGAUAAUAGUUACUCCAUUGAGAAAAUACAAGCAGAAGCCCGGCCAUUGCCUGGACCUAUCACAUACAAAGUAAAUGUGGGAGGGAAAGCAAAGCCCCAGCUGCUUUCACUUGAUCUAGAAUACGAAGAUUGGAAGAGUGCCAUUUCUGCGACACCUGGAUUACCGGAGAACAAACGCUUCAGGCCAGAGAUCACUUGGAAGCUGGGCACAGCUCUGAAGAUGCAAGACCUGCAGACAGUUGACGAUAAUCAAGAAUACCAGCUGAUGGUGCAUGAAAUAGUCAUGCAGCAUGAGAAGGAUGGGAAGCAGUGGUUGUCAUCAUCAUAUGAAAUUUACUUCCAGCCAGAGAAAGAUCAAAGAAAGACUGGCCAGAAAAGUACAAAGAAGAAGCAAGGAUCACAGAAAGCCAGGAAGAAAAGAUCAAAGACUGGCCAGGACGACUCCAGCUCCUCUGACAGUGACACUGACUCUGGCUCUGCAGACUCAACCAUGGAUGAAUCCGAUUCUGAUCAUUCACAUUGUGUGCAGUGCAAGAAGCCAGCAAAGCUGGCGCUUUGGCAAAUUGAAGACUUACUCCAUGAGAAGCACCAUUUCUGUGAGCAGCACCUCAAGAACUGCUAUUACUGCUCAGGCAGUAAGGCAAGCCACCUGCAAACAAACCAUGUCGAUACACACUCUCUCGCUGUUGUUUUGGGUGAUCACAUGCAAUGGUGGAUUUCUGCAUGUGAACAUAUCAAUGCUGUCAUUGGGAUUGUGCAUUGCAAGGCUUUGUGGAGUUAUAGGGACGAGGGUGUCAGGUAUAACACAUGUAAGGAUGUGUUUGAGUGGCUGGAUGCCAUUUACGCUGAGUGGACUUCUAUUCCUAUGGUCCGCUUGUAUGAGCUCGCAUGCGAGCACUAUCUGAAGUCCCUUCCAAUGGAUCUCAUUGUCCCUCCAGCCUUUGCCACAUUUUGCCCAUCCCUCUCCCCUCUUCCCCUUGAUCUUGUGCCCAACACUGCACAAGCCAACGAUGAACAAGCCGACAAUGAGCCAGAAUUGGAUAAGAAAAACAAAGGUGGGAAGAGUACUUAG